GAAAGAUUAAACAGGAAGUCGUAACUUGUCUUUGUUAAAUGUCGGGCGUAGCUAGUUGGUCAGGCGGUUAAUUUCAAGAAAAUUUCACUGUUUUCUGCUGUCGGAGCUGCAAUAACAUUAAUUGCUCAAAUUAGUACUAUUUUUAAAAAUCGGUCAACUCCCUUUUGUAAGUCUGUACUGGUUAUUUCCAACGAAACAUAAACAAUUAGCGCUAAUAUUCGCUAAUCGUGCUAGUUAAGUUAGGGUAAAACAGCGAUAACCUUAAUCAUUUGAGAUCUUACUGUUUAUGUUAGCGCUAAACGGUUUCCAGGAUGUAUUAUAGUUACAUUUAUACUUUCUUGUGGAACAGGUAGCGUUGACUGACAGGAAAUCUCGAAGAUAUUAGCUAAACCAGCAGCUUUCGCGCCCUCCCUCUGGUGGUUGCCUGGCAACAGUGGCCAGGCUAAAGCCUGUAAUUACAUUAGUGUAGCAGAAUCUGCCGGUUUCCACGGAAGAUAUCCGGUUCUGCUCGUUUUCCUUUGGGUUGGGAGAGCAGGGCACCGUGGGUUUGUACGUUUUGUUGGUUUGUUUGUUUUUGUUUUGUUUUGUGCCGAUAACGCGGAAGGAACCAUGAUGGUCCCGAUUUUCACCCUGAAACUAAACCACAAGAUUAACCCCCGCAUGGUGACCAUUGGCAAGUUCGAUGGAGUGCACCCCUGCCUCACUGCAGCCACGCAGGCUGGGAAGGUUUUCAUCCACAACCCUCAUGUUCGGGGUCAGAAACCUGCAGCUCACCGACUGACCCAAAGCACCCUGGACUCCGACAUCUCUCUCCUUAACAUCAACCAGGCAGUGACUUGUUUGGCUGCCGGGAAGCUGGGUCCAGACACGGUUGGGGACACUCUGUUCGUGGGGUCUCAGACCAACUUGUUGGCCUAUGAUGUUCACGAUAACGCAGACAUCUUUUACAGGGAGGUGACGGAUGGGGCCAACGCCAUCGUUUUGGGGAAACUCGGCAACAUCCGUUCUCCGCUGGCGAUCAUUGGUGGGAACUGUGCCUUACAGGGUUUUGACCACGACGGCAAUGACCAAUUUUGGACAGUGACGGGGGAUAACGUCAGGUCUCUGGUGCUCUGUGACUUCACUGGAGAUGGGAAGAAUGAGCUUCUGGUGGGAUCUGAGGACUUUGACAUCAGAGUGUUCAAAGAGGAUGAGCUCGUGUCAGAGAUGACUGAGAACGAGACGGUGACGUCUCUGUGUCACAUGCACGGCAGCAGGUUUGGUUACGCUCUGGCUAACGGCACAGUUGGCGUGUACGACCGCACCGCUCGCUACUGGAGGAUCAAGUCAAAGAACCACGCGAUGAGCAUCCACGCCUUCGACUUGAAUGGAGACGGAGUUGUGGAGCUCAUCACCGGCUGGUCCAACGGAAAGGUCGAUGCUCGAAGCGACCGCACAGGUGAGGUGAUCUUCAAGGACAACUUCUCGUCUGCCGUGGCGGGCGUGGUGGAGGGAGACUACAGGCUUGACGGGCAGAAGGAACUCAUCUGCGCCUCCACAGAUGGAGAAGUUCGUGGUUACCUGCCAGCCAGUAAAGACCAGAAGGGGAGUCUCAUGGACUCCAGCUCUGAGCAGGAACUCAUUCGAGAGCUUAGCCAGCGCAAACAGAACCUCCUGCUGGAACUGCGUAACUACGAGGAGAACGCCAAGGGGGUGUCGCAGACCAACAGCGAGGUGGGGGUCAUUCCAGCCAACACUCAGCUGCAGACAGCUCUGUCAGUGAAGCCUGCGACUGAGGUUCAGAGGGCCCACGUGGAGCUCAGCAUCUCCACUCCCAACGAAACCAUCAUCCGUGCCGUCCUCAUCUUCGCUGAGGGAAUAUUUGAAGGUGAGAGUCACGUGGUCCAUCCCAGCGCUCAGAACCUCUCUGGGUGUGUCCGUGUCCCCAUCGUUCCCCCAAAAGACAUUCCAGUGGAUCUGCACAUCAAAGCCUUCGUGGGAGGAAAGUGCAGCACCCAGUUCCACGUGUUUGAAAUCACUCGCCAGCUGCCGCGCUUCUCCAUGUACCAGAUCUUGGCGGACCCGUCCGCCGCGCCGCCAGGGGGCAGGGUCUCCUUCAGCGUCAACGAGCGGCCCCAGAGGGUGGUUAUGUGGCUGAACCAGAACUUCCUGCUGCCAGAAGGAGUCGAGACCCCAAAUGUCACCUUUGCUUCCCUCAGAGGCAGAGGACUGUUGUCUUUCAACAUGGCCAGCAAUGGACAGAUCACCCUGAGAACAGAUGACAUCGACCUGGCAGGAGAUGUGGUCCAGUCUCUCGCCUCCUUCCUGGCCAUGGAGGAUCUUUCUGCUGAAGCAGACUUUCCCACAUACUUCGAGGAGCUUCGCACGACUCUUACUGAGGUUGACGAGUUUCACGCCGUCCAUCAGAAAUUAACGGCAGACAUGGCCGAACACUCCAACUACAUCAGGAGCGUGCUGGUGCAAGCAGAGGACGCUCGCCUGAUGGGCGACAUGACGGCCAUGAAGAAGCGUCACAGGCAGCUGUACGACCUGAACAGAGACCUCAUCAACGAAUACAAGAUCCGAUCCAACAACCACAAUGCACUGGUAGCCUGUCUAAAGUCUGUGAACCAGGCCAUUCAGCGGGCGGGGAGACUCAGAGUGGGUAAACCCAAGAACCACGUCAUCUCUGCCUGUCGAGACGCCAUCAAGAGCAACAACGUCAACGCGCUCUUCAGGAUCAUGAGAGGGGGCACGGCAUCGUCCUGACAGUGACACAAGACGUGAGAACUGUGGAGGAGCCCUGCGCGUUUCCUCACAUUUGGCUGCACAUCUUUGACUUUUUGACGGUUCAGAUGUGGUGAAGUAUCUCGGUAGAGGACUCAGAUCUCAGUUUUUAUUUGUAGAAUAAACUCAGAGGCAGUGAAGGUGAUUACAUGUUUGUGGAAGUACUGUUACUAUUAAAAAAAAAGAAAACUGGAA